AACGACACGCGUCUAGUUACAGUCCGAGUGGUCGAGCGUGCAAUCGACAUCAAAUUGUGUUAUUUUUAUUGCCACAUGCAACGCACGUGUCCUCCGGUUCCAGGAACUGCAAUAAUAUUAACCAUCUCUUUGCCAGGGAGCUCAGCGCUACACGGUGCCAUUUCGAAAUUCGUCGACGAAGAAUAACUAUAGGACCAACUGAACAGUUCAACUUUACUUUAAACAAAAAAAUAUCAAAUUAGUCAUUUCAAAACAAUCCAAAUGUAAACGAGUGGUUCGGAAGCACUCUCCUCCAGUCCGCGAAUCCGUCUCGUAUUUUCCAUCCACCAGCUCCAUGUUUUGACUACCACCACCAACAGCAACAGAGUGAACUCUGCCAACACACAGCCAUUGCGCUCGCAAUCCCCACUGUGUUUUUCAACAAAAUGGCUGAUUUAGGGGAUGAUACCGGAGCGAGAGCUCUGCUGGCCCUCAAAUCUGCUCCUUGUAGCCCGGUGCGUAUUUCUAUCCCGCCCAUGUACGCUUCGUCCGGGAUCACAUCAUCCAUGCCCCUCUCCCCUCCGGCGCAGGCCCUCGCUCGUCUGGAAGGCAGGGACUUCGAGUUCGUCAUGCGCCAGAGGACGGUGACCGUGGGCCGCAACUCCUCGCACGGCUCCGUGGAUGUCAACAUGGGCCACUCGAGCUUCAUAUCGAGAAGACAUUUGCAGAUCACUUUCGAGGAUCCGCAUUUCUACUUGCGCUGUCUCGGCAAGAACGGCGUGUUUGUCGAUGGCGUUUUUCAGAGAAGAGGCGCACCUUCACUUCUCUUACCGAGAGAGUGCACAUUUCGAUUUCCCAGUACGGUUAUCAAGAUCCAGUUUACGGCGCUCUACCACAAGGAGACACAGAAAGAGGAAGAUCCUGUAUCGCCUGCGAGACCCCUUUACCCACAGAUCUCUCCGCUGAAAAUCAGCAUUCCUGAUAAUGAUUUCAGAAGUAUGAGGAGUCCACUUCCUUCACCCACAGGAACUAUCAGUGUUCCCAAUUCCUGCCCAGCGAGCCCUCGUGGAGCAGGCUCUUCAGGAUACAGAUACGGAUGUAACGUCACCUCGGACCUCCAGCUGGCAGCUGAAUUUGCAGCCAAAGCCGUAUCGGAACAGCGAACUGAAGCCACAGGAGGAGACAGUCCUAAAGAUGAGUCCAAACCUCCAUACUCGUACGCUCAGCUGAUAGUUCAGGCCAUCUCAUCAGCUCCAGACAGACAGCUAACACUAAGCGGCAUCUACACUCACAUCACCAAACAUUAUCCGUACUACAGGACAGCAGACAAGGGCUGGCAGAACUCCAUCAGACAUAACCUAUCUCUGAACCGGUACUUUAUCAAAGUGCCACGCUCACAGGAAGAGCCAGGUAAAGGGUCGUUCUGGCGUGUGGACCCCUCUUCGGAGGCCAAGUUGGUGGAGCAGGCUUUCCGGAAGCGCAGACAGCGAGGAGUUUCCUGUUUCCGUACACCCUUCGGUCCACUUUCGUCCAGGAGUGCUCCAGCAUCUCCUACCCACUCCGGCCUCCUCUCUCCUCACUCAAGCGGCCUCCAGACCCCUGAGAGUCUUUCACGGGAGGGAUCCCCAAUGUCUCACGAACAUGACUUUGGUUCAAAGCUUGCUUCUGUUCCUGAGUUCCGAUACACACAGAGCGCACCAGGCUCUCCAGUAAGUGCUCAGCCUGUAAUCAUGGCCGUACCACCUCAGCCUUCAGCUAUGAUACCCAAGCCCGUGGCUUACAUGCCGGCCUCCAUCAUUAGCUCAUCCCAAGCCUCCGGUCAGGCCAUCCAUGUGGUGCAGCAGGCGCCAGCUGUCACCAUGGUGCGUGUAGUGACCACCAGCUCUCCCAAUGGCUACAUCUUGGCCAACACCAUCUCCUCGGGAUCGGGAGAUGGAUCUGGAGAUCAAAGAGGUGCAAUGGAUGAGAUGCCUGUGGUUGGCAGUCGAGUUAUUCAGACUGUUGGCAGUCACAUGAGUUCGAUCAAUAGGGGACAGCAGAGCUACACAGUUGUUCAGCAAAGUGCUAUUCACCAGCUUCCUGUGCAGACGAUCGCUCAAAAUGGCAAACAUGCUCUACCUGUCUCCAGUGUAUCAUCUCAUGCUUACACUCUUACCAAUCCACUUCAGAUCUUGGCAGCCCAGGCAUCAACAUCUCCACCCGUACUGGUCCACAGACCCUCCAGCAUGGAGGCUGAGAACUCUGCCAGCCAUGAGCCGGAGCCCAAGCGGCCCAAAAUGGAGGAGGACACCAUUGUUCCAGUCCCCCAGCCUGUUAUUGUUGCAAUGAACCAAGAGGCCAGCGAAUGAACGAGUGAGUGGAUGAGUUGCUGAUGGAUCUUCAAAACACAUCCCAAAAUAUCGUUCGCUCAACGUGCUAACAUAUUGAGGGGAACGUGUUUUGUUUUCUUUAAAACAAGAACUUAAACGACACGCCCAACACGGGUAACCGAUCGAAUGUCUUUGUAAGAACAGCUUAAGCAUUGUGUUUCAUGGGGGUUAAUUCAUUGAGCUAUUUCUGGCAGCAUUAAAAUGUUUUAAUUUUGUCGGGGUUUUUAAUCUUGUAAGAAUGUCGGAUUGUCCCUUAAAGGUAUGAAGAGAGGUACAUGUGCUAAAAGCGUGUGCACCCGAGUAGUUCCUCACAAGGUACAAGUUGAGAGAGUUGUUAUUUUCGGGAUGGGGUGGGACCAAUACCUAUGCAGCUAUAUCAUAGCGUGAGAGCAACAGUCUCAUGAAAUUUCAGCAGGUUAUUGAAAGGUUCAGAUAAAGCUGUGCAUUACGACAGCCAUCUGUGCUGCCUUUGUGAGGAUUUCAUAAUGUGUCUGUUAGAAAUGCUGUCCUUAUCAAAAUAUAAUUGUUACAACUGAAGCACAUAAACCAACCGGCAAAAAUGAAAUAGAGGCUUUUCUAGUUCUUUAACUUACAAAUUUAUAGUGUACUAUAUAUUUUUCUGUGGAGGGCUCCCUCCCUGCUUGUUUAUUAGAAAUGCUAAUUUCUAAAUUGGUCUAUGUUUAGCUCAAAAUUAAAAAUGAACUUAAUGAAUGUAAGUACCGUUUGUUUAUUUGUUAUGGUUUAUGGCAGCCGUUUUUGACCUAAAAAAAAUAUAUAUAUUAAAAAAUUUGAAUGUGUGAAUGUGAAUACAUUUUUGCUGUUAUAUGUUUAAUAAUGACAUAAUUGUACGUUUAAAAUUAAUCGUAUUUAAAGUAGCUCAGUUUCAUCCCAAUUUACAUUUUGCCAAAAUGAUGCUUUGUAAAUUUUACAUACAGUACAAUAUCACCUGGAAUGUGUCAAUGAAUGACAGCAAGUACACAUUAAGUUGCUGAUUUAUAACUUUUGAGAGGGGCUUAUUUUCAACCAAACGCUUUACCAUUUCUAAGACCCAGGAAUGUAAUUGAAAAAUGCUGAUUUUGAUUCUUCAUUGACUUCCUGUGAUCCUAUAAUAAUAAUCACAGAAGCCACAAUGUUCAGUAUUUUUCUGAGAAGUUGAGACCUCACAGUUGUUUAUUUAGAAAGCUUAUUUUAGUAAUAAAAUCAGCCUUUAAUAAGACGUUCGGAUUUUACUAAGAGUAAAUAUAUAUUGUUAAAAAUAUUAAAGAAGUGUCUAAGACAAUCACUAAUCAAAUAGUUACCGCUUUAUACAUGCAAAUAAAAUGCUCCACAAUGCGUACUUUACAAAGUGAAAUGCUACAGAGAUCUAAUUUGUAUGCUAACGUAGUGUUAAUUUUGUAGUACAAAUAGAAAGCAUACUUGAACAGACCAAAUACAUAUCCUUAUAUAGUUAGUGCCUUAGUGCUCUUUUGCUUUUAGGACUCUUUAAACAGUUAUUGUGAUAAACUGCUCAAACGCAGACUGCAGACAAACACGUUUAUUUUUAAAAUACACAUAAAUCUUGAAAAAUUUAACAGCAUCCUGACUGGUAUAACUACAUGGCUGUAGACAAACAGAUUAGGAUGACGUCUAUUGUGACUGAGCAACACAAUAAAAGAAGACAGGUAAUCAAACCUGGCUAGUUUUCCUUGAUUAUUUAACACGUGAUGUUUUGCAUCAGCACUGCCCUGUUGAUUUUUAGCACAAGUCGAAUAGUAUCUAUCAUUAAGAUGGGUUUCAAAAGCAUUAUUAAAAUGUUUUGAGCAUUUGAAGAGAAGCUACAACCUAUGGUGAUGGCAUACAUUCAAGUGUAUUCUGUUAGCAGUGCAGAAUAGUCGUCUAUAUAAAGGCAAUUUUGAGAUUUCACCUCAUUGAAGAUGUGACCCUUUGAUAUGUCUUCUAAGCGAUGUUGGAUACAUUAAACAAAUCGCACUAUUCAUUUUUUAGUAAAAUUCAUUAAAAAAUAAUGCAUUUGCAGAUAAAUUUUGUUUUUCUCUCAGACAAUGAAUCACAUUAUUGGUGAUUAAAACCGCUUUCUGAAAUUUCUAUGUUGUUAUGAAAAAAAUAACAAAAUAGUUUUGUUGUUAUCUUGCAUUGUACAGCACACUUGCAAUUAAAUGUCACUGCCUAAAUGUUUUUCAUACAUUUUUAACAAUCUGCCACGGUGUGUAUGCAUAUUUAACCAUGGAGUAUUUUUCACAAAGAUAUUCUGAUCUCUUUUUUUAAAAAAACUUGUUUGUGCUUGUGUUUGUUGCAUAUUGGCAUAUGCAAAUGUCUGUACACUAAAUAUUUCUAAUUUAAAAUGAGCUGAUUUUUCUUAACGUGUUGGACAUAAUCUGUUUCCACUGUACACAAAACACCCUCACUACCACGCCUUAAAAUUAUCACCGUAUCUUGUUUUAGAUCAUGCCAUUGCAUAUGUCAACAGGUCCACAGGUUUGUCUGUCUUUCAUUGUGUAUUUUAAACAACACAGUGUAUGAGAGCUUUCCUUCUGUCAAUGCGGUUUAUGUGAUGGUGUAUCUGGAAAGAAUAAAAAUACUUUAUUGGCUAAUCUUCAUUUAGAA